CUUACUUUAUGCCAAAUCAGCGGAAAUGAUACGGGCGACAGAGGGUUGCUAUGGCGUCAAUCUGAACAACUUUGGAACCGAAGGCAAAAGAAUCAUUAAACUAUUAGAAGCCGAAAACUGUACGAAAAACCACAUGUCACAGAAUUGCGAUAUAGCGGGACUAAAUACGUUAACUAGCUUGAUAUUCUCCCCAUACUACACAACUGAAUCCUUAGAAUCUGUAUGUAGAUUAUUUGAUGAAGUCGCAAGUGAAGUCAUCAGCAAGUUUUCGGAAGGGAAAUGUUGUGACGUUACUGCUAUCGAAACACUGAUAACAGUAUAUCAACAUAUUCAUCCGCACUGUCGUCAUUUAAACAUUGGGCCUGUGUGUGAAGUUACAGUGCACCUAUCCUGUCCGAGUCAUUCCGAUAAAACUUCAAAUACAAAUAGAUCGAAGAAUUCAACGAUUGGCGAUAGCAGUCAGUUUAAAAAUAAUGGAUUUAUCAGUAAAUUAUGUAGUCAGUUUAGUAGCCAGUCACAGAGAGAAUUGAACAAUCAGUCAGAGUCCGAUGUUGCAGUUGAAAAGACCGGAUGUGAUGUGUCAGACAUAGUGAGCAAAUGUUUGGGUAGCUUUACCGGCUGCAGUGACACUGCUUUGGAAGACUUAACGUUGUGUGUUCAGAAUCAUACUGCCAGUUGUUCAGCAGUGCAGAUAGUGCCAGUUGCCAUGACAUUUGAUAGAAUUGCUUUCUCUUGUGGAAGAGAUAUCAGCAGGGUUCCAGAUUAUGUAAGUGUGGAAAUAGAACAUCAAUACCACUGUCUACAAGAACUUGCAAAAAUGAAUACAGCCUCAACUCCAGAAACACCCCUGAAGAUAAGCUUAUGUAAGACCAUGAAUUCAGUCAGUAGCUGCCUGGUCUCCAGUGAGAUACCUGGUGCUCUUGUACCAAAAAUGUACUUUAAUGGUGUUGAAGGCAAUGUGAAUCGUUUCAAAGAAUUCAUAUGCACACAUGAUUCGGCGGAAACAGAAGAAGAAAACAGUGGGAAUGGAACUUGUGAUAUAGCGGCUAUAUCUGAGACGGCGUUGCACUAUAUUAACUUUGCACUCACUUCACCUCCUAUGAUAGGAAACGAUGCCUGCAUUUUCGCAAUGGAAUUAGAAACCCUCAGAAAAAACCUGACAACGUGCUCGGGUAUGCAUAACCAUCCACUAGAUGGCGUGUUGUCUUGGAUACAAAAAGAGGUCAAGGUUACAUGUGAUGCUAAUUUGGCUGCUGUAAUGUGCCAACAAUCAAACUGUGAUGUAACCAUGACAACAAAUCUCCUAAAACAGCUUGGCUACUAUCUGUUGGUGACCAACUUUAAUGACAUGGUGUUUUGCAAAAAAGUCGCAAAUGUUCUUCACGGAGUAGAAUGUCUAGCCGACAGUUGUAGAGAAGAUAUGACGUCACUACAUGCAGAAGUGUUGUACAUAAGGUCCGUUGUUGGUACUAGGUGUCCGGACCUGACCUACUAUCUUCAUUGCAGUGACGGAAUGAUGAAAGGCCAACAGAACAAUGCCAGAAACAUUACAAAUGGAGACAGAAUUCAGAAAGAAUCAGUAAACGAAACAAAAAAUGGUGUAAAUGGAACCGGAAUUGCGGAAACAUGUAACGUUAUGCAGUCCAAAAUGUGUGUGAACAGUGUUCGAUUGCCUGCAGCAGUUGAUGGUCUUUAUUGCAGCAAAAUGAUGUCAGUAAUGAAACAAUUGUCAGACUGUGUUUUACCCAAACUUCGCGGAUGUACGUCUGCUGAACUGACCGACGCAGUGACACACUACCAAACUUUGUUCACGAGACGUAGACAGUACUGUCCAACCGAUUUCCUCACUCAUCUAUUUGGGGAGCUUAUGGAUGGAGACCACUGCGAAAUUCCCCAGUGUUUCACUGCAGCCGACUGCUAUAAGCAUUUCAAAGCUAAAGAAGAAGGCAACUGCGGAAAUCUAGAUGAUAUUGAGCAAUGUGUCUUUUACGCAACGGAAGGAUGUAACUAUUUUCAACAGCAAGCUUCGAUGAUAACAUUACAAGCGUUUGUAGUACAAGAAGGUCUACCAAAGGAAUGCUUGAAAUCCAAGCUGGCCUCCAUGAAUACAAGUACUGAUAAGCUUAUAGAAUGUGUGCUUGACUUCAAUCAACAGAUGUCAGACAUUUUGUCUGGAAAUAUGACAGGUUCUCCAUCCUGUCAUCUAAUGACGUCAUACAUCACGUGUCUAGAGACUACAUUGGAGUUAGCAGACAUUCCGACAGUUGUGAAAGAGCCCUUCAAUCAUCUAGUACUUGUUGCAAAACCAGCGACUGAAAUAGUUUGUAAACAAAAAGACGACGAAUUGUCUCAAGAACAGAAACCCAGGAAAGAACAUGGCAACGAAACAUGUGGCACAGAGAAGGGUUUAUAUUGCUUGAAAAAGUUCUCAGCAAACGUUUUGUUAUCACCACUGUUUUCUUAUGAUGGAAAACAAAUGAUCUGCAGCCAUUUAUCAGAAAGGAGUAAUUGCUUAGCUGAUGCAUUGUCUGAAUGCAGUCACGAUGAAAUUACAAACCCGUAUUACAACGUUUACAGUUUAAUAGAGAUGCUGUCACAGCUGACUGGUGUUUGUUCUCCCAGUCCUUUCACGUGCAGUCCUGAGAUAGCAAUGGAAUGUGUAUCACAUCUUGGUUACGUUUUAAGGGCACGUUCAUACCUUGAAGACGUCUGCUUUGUUCUUCAGCAGACAGAACUAUGCAUACGACAGACUACAAGUAGUUGUGACAGUUUUACAAAGAACUCAGUUCUUCAGCUUUAUGAGCCAAUCAGGUGCAAGGCUUAUUCUGUGUGCCCGAGCGCUAUACAAAUCAGUGAGGAUGUUUCAAGAGAAACUCCCGAAUCUUGUAUAGAUCCAACAGAAGUGGUUGCGCAUUCAGGAACUUGUAGGCCAUUUGUAGCUCUAAGAUGUCUACAAGAUGUAAAUGACGCUGCUACUGGAACAACGAAGGACAGAAAUGCUACCUGCAGGAAUUAUGAAUCUGCUCUUACUUGCUUCUUCAACAAUUUAAACGCUUGUGACGAUGACGUCACAAUCAUGAUGUCAAUGUAUUACCUACUGGAGGUUUCCAACGUUAUGGAUAAGAUGUGUUUCACGACUAUCAAACAUGACUGUGACUCUGCUGAAGAAACGGAGUGUGAUCUGGAUCAGUUAGAGGACUGCAUUGAACAUUUUCGUGGUAUUGAAGAGUUUGGCACUGCAAAAGAGAGAUGUUUAGCCAGAACUGAUGUUAAACACUGUUUUGAAGUCACUACAAGGUCUUGUCCAAAGAUUACAAGAUUAUAUGCAAAGACAAGAUUCUUGAAGAACACCUUAAGGGAAGCAGAUAAUAAAGAAAAUAUGUGUGACAAUGUGCACCAAUGUAUAUUUAACUAUAUGGCGUAUUUCAAUGUAACUCUGUCACACCAAUCUCGUCAUUUGAAUGGUGAUAAUGAUCAAAAGAAUCCGGAGACUAGUUUAAAGACUGUUUCUAAACAGAAGCAUGAUCCGAUGAAGAUGUAUCAAUGUCAUGCUCGGCUAGAUGAAUUGUCCUGCAUUCAGUCGCAUCUUGAAAUGUUACCAGAAGAUGUUGCAAUGGUUGCUGGAAAUUUACUGAUGCACAUGGAUAAUGCAUUUGCUGAUGUAUGCGCAGUUCAAGUCGGACUUCUGCCAGAUCUACAGGGAUGUAAUCAAAGUUGUAUUAAGUGUCUUCAGAACAGAAUUCAAAUGGAGAAUGAUACAUUAUUGACAUUUGUCAGUGACAUAAUGAAUGCAUCAUCUAAUACUCCAGUGUUUUCUUCCUCCAAAUUUUGUAGGUUAUUUGAAAAGCUGAAAGCAUCAAGGAAUGAUAGCUUCAACGAAAGCUGUUUCGACAAACAGGAUGACUUGGUCUGGCACAGCCGUCACAUGAACGACAUGGCCAAUCUUUAUGACAAAUACUGUAACAGACCAUGUAAUACAACACAGGCUGAUAUUUGCAUUAAUCAGCUGGAAAGUGACAUUUCAUCAUUGGGCAAAGAAGGGUCAUGCUUAUCAUUCAAUGAAACGCUCAAAUGUUUGGAAGACAGUGUGACGUCAUGUGAGGCCAAUGUAACCAACCAGUACUUUAAUCAAGCAGAAACGAUCUUUCGGAACACCGGCAUUACCUGCUAUAUUAUGCCAUCAUUUGAGGUAUCGUACUCGUCUACCGAACUAGUUAUGAUGGAGGGUGAAAUGUCACAACAAAUGAGUAUAUCUGUUACCAUGACGAGACCGGUUAUGGACAGUUGCUAUGGAAGCAGUUGUCAUAUGGAGGUCUUUGUCAGCAUGGAACAAGUUAUGGCGGAAUGCUCAUCUGGUCAAGAAAUACCACAAAUUCUGAUGGAUAACUGUGUGUAUAUUUUUGACGUUAAUAACACAGCCAGUACGCACCAGUUCAACUUCUAUCCUCGAGUUGAUCACAAAGUGGAAGAUAAACGUAAUGUAACAGUAAAUGUGAUUGGUCAACUGUGGGAAGAUGGCUCCUUAGCAACCGGCGAUGUCUUAGCAACUGUUACUAUGGUGCUAGAAGACCGAGAUUCCUCAGGUGUGUGCUAUUUGAUAAGCGAGCCUACAAUCAAAACUUUCGACAACGUGUUGUAUUACAGUUUCAGUCAAGGAGAAUACAUUCUCUAUCAACAUGAUACCUUGCAAGAAAAGGUACAUGUCGGUUUUCAGCGGUGCCGCCGAUCAUCUGUAAUCCCCUGUCCCUGUGUGGUGAUGGUACAGUCUGGAGACGAUACAUUUAUCAUUGACAGAUGUCGAAGGUCUGGAGAGCUCUACCAUGCUCUGGAGUUCAAAGUUUACAAGAACAAUGACAUAACAGAACAGACUAGAGUGUAUACACUAACUAACAGGAACUUCUUUCAGUUUGUAUUGCCAUCAGGAGCAAUAGUAAAUGUCCGGUCCGGUCGAUUUUUGCUAGAUGUCUGGAUUAAGCCAUCAGCUUUGGAUUUCGGCCAUACUUCCGGUCUUUGCGGAACCUAUGAUGGAGACAGGGAGAAUGAUUUCACACUGCCAGAUGCGAGCGUGGAAGUGCUAAGUGAUGUGUUAGAAUGGCGGGGAAACUUUUUGCCCUUGACUUUUGUAAACUCAUGGAGACCAGAAAACACCUUAUUUGGUGGCGUACAGGAAAGCGAUAAUUCACUGCCUAGCGAGCUGUUAGGGACAAAAUGUGCUUGUACAAAUUUAACUUGCACACCGACUGACAUUGUAGAGACAUGUGACUUCAUAUCAGGAGUGGAUAUCACUGCAGAUCUUGAACUUUACACACAAAUUAUAGAGGUGCAAACCCGGCGGAGGAGACAGACUGAAAAUGUUUGGGAUAAUAUUGACUAUGAUCCGGAAAAUCCUACUGGUCAGCUUCCUACUUGGCCAACCGGAAGUGGUUUGACGGAAGAAGGUGCAAUCCAGACUUGUGAAUCAGCAUUACGGAAUCAUGCAUCUUGGGACAUUUGUAGUGUCGCUGUUGAUACGACAUCGAUAGUGUCUUCCUGCGUUACAGACAUGCUGCUGUCCGAUACUGAUGAAUUUGUGAGCGAAUAUGUGGAAGAUAUGAAGUUGCAAUGUAAAGUUGCGGUACUGUCUGACCCAAGUAUUGCCUCUCUUUUGAGUCAAACCCAGGAAGAACUUGUGUCCUACCUUUUGACCUUGACAUGUCUAAACGAUUGUAGUGGUCGUGGUCAGUGUGUGAAUGAUGUUUGUCAAUGUGAUGCUGGUUACCUGGGUGACGACUGCUCAGGUUCUCUAGAUACGGCCCCAGCGAUAACAUCUCUGUCUGAAAACAUAUAUUCUGAAGUAGCAGGCUCUGGUUUGACUGUGAUCUCCAGACAAGUGGUUGUGUAUGGCAGUGGUUUUGAGAAUUCAAACAAUCUUACUUGUCACACAAAACAAGUUGAGGUUUCUGACACCGGAUAUCGCAGCGCAGAUAUUGUUAGCAGUUCUAGAGGAACGUUCUUGACAUCCGGUACACUUCUAUGCGAAGUGUUUGGUUCCCUGCCUUUGACGGGUCUUUUGUUGUCUGUUAGCAACAAUGGUGUAAACCAGUCUAAUGGUGUGAUGUACAUAUUUCAAGAUCCAGUCUGCUUUGAUUGCGACCCAGACGCAGAGACAUGUAAUAAUCAGUCAACAAGUUGUGUGAUUGAAGGACAAUGUUAUGCAGCUGGAGUAUAUAGUCCAACAGAUCAGUGUCUUCUCUGUGACCCUGUUUCAAAUUUCUGGAUAUUUAAACCUUCAUCCACAUGUGUUACAACAAGUACAUCCACCACUUCAUCUUCGACAAGUUCCACCUCUUCUACAACUUCAACGACGUCUUCAACAUCAAGUUCUACUAUUUCUAGUACAGAUUCCACGUCAAGUAGCACUAGUUCCACAACAUCUAGUACAAGCCCAAGCACAUCAAGCUCUAGCUCCACAACUUCGAGCUCUACCUCAGCCUCUUCAAGCACAAGUCCAUCCACGUCAGUAUCUUCACCGACCUCUCCAUCACCUUCUACACCAAGUACCACUCAACCUGGACAGGAAGGAGACAAAGACGAACAAGAUGGGGAUAAAGAAGACACGCAAACAUUCAACAUAGUCAUAAUUACAGGAGCAUGUGUGGUCGUGCUGAUUGUUGUUGUGACUGCAAUAUUUGCAUACCGUUUGCGAAGGAAAGAUAUCCGGACAUCUAAAGCGGGUAGCUCAGUAAACUCCUCUGAGCCGCCACCAAGAAAACAAGGUCAGACCAAUCCUGGUUAUAGUAGAGGAGAGGCAGUAAGACCUAUUGCCGGUGACCCAGUAAUUCAACCUCGUAGAAUUACUCCGCUAUAUAGCGCCGCCUUCAAUACUGAAGGACUGGAGGGGCGGGCAGGAGCUCCUGAUAUAUAUGAAGAUGACCCAGGUCUACACACUGUCAAUAUAGAAAUAUUUGACGAAGGAAGAGGACGCAGCAGAGAGAGGCCAACUGGAGAAAGACCUGUUAUGUACGAUCCGGAGUAUGACAACGCCGGUUUGGAGAGGAGAUACACUAUCCCAAGGCCAUAUGUUGCUCCCCAACCAGCGGGGAUAUACCCGGAGGUUAGAAGACAAGGUGUAGAUGCAGAUUAUGAUAAUGUUACACCGGAGAGGCAAGGAGCGGACAAAAGAGAAAGUCCAAUGCCAGAUUAUUAUGAGGCUGAUGGCGCCGAUGUUACGCGAAUGUAAAUGUGCUAUUUGACUUCAUUGUUUUUAUACGGUAUAAUCUGUAUAAUAGGUUGUCGCUAAGCAUUAGGGUAACUACAGUUUUCAUGAGCAUGUAAAUAUAAGUUUUCUUCACAAGUGAUGAAACGAAAUACUCAGAUUGAAUUGAAAUUGUUCAUUGUUUAAACAUAUUUUACUCUUCUUAUCUUGUACAUUUAAAUACUCUAUGCCAAAUGAAAACAGGAAACAUAUUAUAGCUUUACAAACACCUUGCAAUUUAUUGUCAGGACUAUGACACUGCCUGCCUUAUGCAGAUCAUGUGAAUUUACUAUUACCUACUAUUUAAAACAGCAAUAUAAUGUUAGUCAGAUCAUGAAAAUGUUUAACAAUUGUUUAUACUCGAAUCCUGGUGAAAUAUUUUUGUUGUAGCAGAUCCUUGUUGUUUUUUUUUGUCUUCCUGUGAUUCAAACUCAAUAAAUUUUGAAUCAUAUAUGGUACUAGUAUGCCUUAUUUCAAAACGUGUAUGAAGCUGUGUUUGGCAUAUGAUGCUAUUGUUCAGUGAAAAUGGUCGUGAUUUGCAAUUCAUUUUAAAUUAUUACGGGGUAUGUUGAUAACUUUUACGCAGUUGUACUUUUAUUUAAAGGUGUUUAAGGUUAAAUAACGGAUUUGCUUGAAACAUUAACAUCUGGCCAUUUACACUUAUGUGUGUAUUUAACGCUUAAUACAGGAUGAAUUUUCACCGGUUUCUAAAAUUUGACAUUCCUAUUCUGUUCGCCCAACCAAGGUAUAAUUAAAUUAAUGAGAAAUGGAAGUUUGAAAAUAUAUAAUAAUUACCGUCUUUUGUCUAUCUUGUGGCUCAUCUAAGGUAGUUUGGAAAUAUAUUAUUUGAAGCUAGACACAGAUCUUAAACUUGCCUUUUGGUUGAGAUUGCUGAAAUAUCCCGAUAUCUAUCAAAUGUAAAUGCAAAACUAGAAGUUAUAAAUACUCCGCUUUUUAAAUAUUUUCAUAUCAAAUGGGGAUAUUUACAAAAUUUUGUUAAAAGAAGCACAAUAAAACAUAAAUUUGUGGUAGGAAUUAAGCAGUGUGAAUGGGUCUAUAGUUCCUUAAAUUUGAAAUAGAAUAUACUAAAAUUUCGCUUAAUGUGAUUGACCGCCUUUAAAUUAUUCUUUAAUUUUCAAAUUGAGUGUACUGAGUUAAGCGAAUUUCUUUGAUGUAGAUCAUAUCAAACAAUCAAAAAUGCAUUUAUUGUUAACAGGUUUAGUUAAAAUAUUGUCAGAUAUUUCCAAACUUCGUUAUUCCUCAUAUGCACUUGUUUUUAUCUACGAGGAUACAUAAUACGGUGUUGAUUUCAAUGUCUCACGCAAAUUCUUGUUUACUAUGUAACGCAAUUCUAUUUUACUAUUUCAUAUCUUUACAAAAUAUACAUCAGCUGUUUAUAAAUACUCGAAAUAUGCAUUAUACAGAGAAUAUAUAUAUUUUAACUUUUA